AUGUCCUCCUCAACCGCCAAAUCCAACACUGAACGAGUCCCAAGCGGAUUCACUCCAGUGAUGCACGCUGUCGGCUUCAAGAAGCUCUACAAUCUCGUCCUCUGGUUUAUCUUAGCAGGAGCUAUGUUCGGCUUCGUACUUGCCCGCUUCCAAUACCUCAACUUUAGUACAUUCUGCCCGGCAGAUGGCUCAAGAGGCGGAGCCGCGCCAGGCGAGUGCUACUGGUUCCUCAUGUCUCGCUACAAAACCGGUAUCCUUCUUCAUCUCGGCACCAUCCUCCCCGCCUCCCUCCUUGCGGUCUUUCAAUUUACCCCCUUCAUUCGCCACCGUUUCCGCCUAUACCACCGAAUUGCUGGCUACCUCGCUGUCCUGCUCGGCAUCAUCAGUACCGUCGGAGUCUUCAUGAUAGCCGAUCGCUCCUUCGGCGGAUCAGUUACCAUCCAAGUUUUCUUCGGUGCCUUGUCGAUCGCUUUCCUCGGUGCGCUAGGCAUGGCGAUAUACAAUAUCCGGAUGAAGCAGAUCGAGCAGCAUCGCGCUUGGAUGCUAAGGGCGUGGAUCUGGGCUGGGAGUAUCAUCACCUUACGCAUCAUGUACAUUAUCAGCCUCUACCCCGCCUCUUCCGCCAUCUACCUCUCAUACAGCUGCGACGUCCUCCACUUUAUGCUUCCGGACGCGGAUUUACUCUCUCGGUAUCCUGCCUGCGCCCCAGUAAUCGAUGGUACAAACCUCCUCGGACACGCACUUCAGACUUCUGUUCGCGCCAACUUCAAGGGCGGAAACGUGGAGCAACUCUCGGCGGCCAUGCAGGCUUGCUUCCCUGUAGGAGCGUGGCUAGGGUGGCUGCUGCAUAUUAUCGGGGUGGAAGUGUACCUCAAGUUGACACCUGCCGAGUCGGAGCGCUUGAGGCAGAUCAGCUAUGUCAGACAGAUUGAAGCGGGGCUGCGAAACCCUGGAAAUGCUGGGUCGACGGCGGAACGGCUAGGAGAUGCCAAGCCGUGGACGCCUGAAGAGAAGGCAGAGUCAGUGAACGGGGGCAAUGAGCCUGCUAGCAGUCAAAGCCAACGACCAGUGUAG